AUGGCCUGGAGCAAUCAGUCCAUCGUGACAGAAUUUAUACUGCUGGGUCUGUUUGGUUCUUCCGAACUUCAGAUCUUUUACUUCCUAUUUUUUUCCAUAGUCUAUGCAGCCACGGUACUGGGGAACCUCUUUAUACUACUCACCAUCAUGUUAGAACCACGUCUACAUUCUCCUAUGUACUUCCUUCUGGGUAAUCUCUCCUUCAUCGACACGUCCCUGGCCUCAUUUGCCACCCCCAAAAUGAUUGCAGACUUCCUCCGUGAACAUAAAGUCAUCUCUUUUGAAGGCUGCAUAACCCAGAUAUUCUUCUUACAUCUCUUAGGAGGUGCUGAGAUUGUUCUUCUCAUCUCCAUGUCCUUUGAUAGGUAUGUGGCUAUAUGUAAACCUUUACAUUACUUGACCAUCAUGAGCAGGAGGAUGUGCAUUGGGCUUGUUAUACUUUCCUGGGUUGUGGGCAUCUUUCAUGCUCUGAGUCAGUUAGCAUUUACUGUGAAUCUGCCCUUCUGUGGACCCAAUGAAGUAGACAGCUUCUUCUGUGACCUCCCUUUGGUAAUUAAACUUGCAUGUGUAGACACAUAUAUUUUGGGGGUGUUCAUGAUCUCCACCAGUGGCAUGAUCGCCCUGGUAUGCUUCAUCCUCCUGGUGAUCUCCUACACUGUCAUUCUGGUCACUGUCCGGCAGCAUUCUUCUGGUGGGUCGUCCAAAGCUCUUUCUACUUGCAGUGCCCACUUCACUGUUGUAACACUUUUCUUUGGCCCAUGCAUUUUCAUCUAUGUGUGGCCUUUUACAAAUUUCCCAGUAGACAAAGUUCUCUCAGUAUUUUACACCAUAUUUACCCCCCUCUUAAAUCCAGUAAUCUAUACUCUUAGAAAUAAAGAUGUCAAAGAUUCUAUGAGGAAACUAAGUGGCUGGAUAUUUAAAUCUAGAAAAACGCAUCAUACACCUUGA